AGAGAGAGAGAAGGAAAGAAAGAAAAAGAGAGAGAGAGAGAGAAAGAGAGAGGAAAAGAGAGAAAGAGAGAGGAGAGAAAGAGACAGGCAAAUAAAAUCGGUCGAUCCUGUGGCUGCGAAAGCCGUACUCCGAGGGAACCAGCUCGGAUUUGGCGCCAUGACGCCUUGGACACGUCCGCUUGAGAAUAGACUCUGUCACUGAAAGAGUGCGCGGCGACCGCGUGUGUCACAGAGUGACAGCAAGCUGGCGCCGGGACUGAAGGUCACGACGAUGCAACGGACCGCAUGACCCGGCAGGUUAAUCGACAGAACCAACUCAGCACCAAGCCCCGAUGCACCGAGACACCCAAGUGCCUUCUGUGAUUCUCUUCUCUCGCGGUGAUUGGUGUGCGUGAGAACGUUUCUGGUGAAUCCGCAAGUGGAACGGAUUGCUCCGGCGCUGCACUACUCUAGCAAAUUCCCUCCCGAUCCUGAAGAGCAUCCUAGGCUCUGUUUAACCCGAUAACAAGACGCUCGCUCUGCUGCCGAGAGAAAUCGCGAGCUUUUCAAGUCACCACGUCACAGUUGGAUAGCUUCGUGACGGAGGGUCGAAGAAAGCGAAACUGGAUCGCGUGGAUCGCGACUGUGAUCGAGGCCGGUCGUCCAGUUCCGGCGGAGCAGCGACCUUAGGGCAGCGCGAUAAGCCAGGGACCAGGAAGCUUCUGGUAGUGGAGAACGUAUGGUUGCGUAAGUUCAGGAAGAAGCUGGCGGUGAGAGAUAAGCGACGAAGAAAGAGACUUCCCUCGCGGAAGAAGCCGGAGCUGCGUGGAGACAAAUAGAGGUGGAGGACGAGAAACAACGGCGAAACCGUAAACAUUCUUCAAGAGGAAUGAGCCAAAGAAGGAGGUAAAUUCGCGAGAGAACGGCAAGUUGCCCACGCUGAGAGACCAAGUGACAAAAGAAGAGGCACGAAAACUUCGAAGACGAAGAGAGAGAGAGAGAGAGAGAGAGAGGAGGAACGAAGAAAGCCUAACAGAAGCUCCGAGUUUCAUCCCGAGAGAAAACAAGGACUCAGCGAGGAGAAGCGACGAUGCUAUCGACGAUCUGAUCGUUCUUCUCGCGACGAAGGCCGAUCGUAGUUAAUCCGAUCAAGGGCGACCUUGAAGAAGAUGGUCACGAGGGCGCUGCUGCUACUCUCGCUGGUCCUCCUCGGUGCCUUUGACGCCCCCGGCAUCGAGAGACCUCACGUCCGACACCUGGCGAUGGCCGGUAAUGCCUGUAGCGCAUGCAGGAUGCACGAGGAGAUCCGCGCGUUGAGUCUGGAGGUCAUCAAGGAGCAGAUCCUGAACAAACUCGGCCUGAAGCAGGCGCCCAACAUAACGGGCCGGGCCCUGCCGAGGAUCCCGCCGAUCUCGAAGCUGAUGGACAUGUACGGGAUGCAGGCCGAUCAGCCGCCCGAGCCUGGUAUCGCACACCACGAGGAGUUCGACGAGUACGCCGCGAAGACGGAAAGCGUCUUUGCCUUGGCGCAACCUCAUCAAAGGCUAAGGCACUGGAAGAGCGGCAACCUAGACGUGCUGUAUUUCAAGUUCUCCGACAAGGUGGUGCAGCAUCGUGUCACCCGGGCAGAAUUAUCCCUGUGGAUAUGGGGCACAAAUCAGGACGGCGGGGAGCUCGGCGAGCCGAUGGGCUUGGAGAACACAAAGAACCAGGAAGCGGUAACGAUCACGCUGCAGAGGAUUCUUCGCGGCGCGGGCGAGUCGGGUCAGCCGCAGCUGGGGCCAGCCUUGACGACGAAGCACCCUCGGCCGAUUGGCCGCCGGGGUACUUGGGUGACGAUCGAGCUCAGACGAAUGGUGGCUGAGUGGUUCAAGCAUCCCAGGGACAAUCUGGGGGUGGCGUUGAAGAUCAUCGGUCCGGACGGCGCUCACCGCAGGAACUCCCGACUAGUCGAGACUAAUCCCGGAGCGGAGUACGCGCCGUAUCUCGAGGUGCAGACGCAGGAGCUCGACUCGCGAAGAGGCUCCAGGAUCAAGCGGAACGUGGGACUCAACUGCGACGAGAGCAGCCAGGAGACCAGGUGUUGCCGGUACAAGCUGACGGUAGACUUUGAGAAGUUCGGCUGGGACUGGAUAAUCGCACCCAAGAAAUACGAUGCCAAUUACUGCUCGGGCGACUGUCCGAUGGCCUUUCUGCCGGCCUACCCGGUUACGCACAUCGUCGGCUUGGCGGAACCGCCGAACAACACCGGACCGUGCUGCGCACCCAGAAAGCUGUCGGAAAUCACGAUGCUGUACUUUGACAACGAGUAUCAGAUCGUAUUCUCGCGGUUGCCAGGCAUGGUCGUCGAGCGUUGCGGCUGCUCAUAGUCCACCUUCGAGAGGCCCGAGAGAACGAACGCGACGGGGACGACGGGGCCGAGAGUGUCGUCCCGCGAUGAUUAUCUCCCGCCGCUCGGACCUCGAAUCCCGACGUUCGUGCUGGUCGUUGUCCCUGUCAAUCGUCGUCGCCGUGUCCUCGGCGAUUCCUCAUCCGAUAGACUGAAAGUGCCUUGUUCGGAGAAAGAGUCGAAACGGAGAGUAGUGUUGGGUGACGCGGACCUCUUCGGAGCACCAACCAUAACGGAGUGAAUUCCAGAGGGAGAGAGAGAAAGAGAGAGAGAGAGAGAGAGAGAGAGAGAGAGAGGGAGAGAGAGAGAGAGAGAGUGCGAGCGGGUGGCUAGACGCUCCGCUGAUGAGUCGCCAGUGAAUCCUCCAAGACUGCGUAUGUGCUGGCUGCCGAGGGAGUCCAGAUAGGAGUGAACGAAGGAACGAGAAAAGGACUCGCUCGCGUCGUUAGUGAAUGGCAUCUCGACGGUGGUCCGUACAAUCCACGGCAAGGCGGAUAGUUCCUAGAGUCAUGGUAUUAUUUUUAAGAUGCCGAUACGUUUGCACCCGAUCCACGAUGGACGGAGUUGACGACGACCUCGCGGCUCGUCGGGUCGCUCCCGAAGGUCAGUAUCUCGCUCCCCGGUGCCGGGGGAACACGACCGACCGACCGGGGCAUAGUUGUAACGUUUACGGCUUACCACGAGCGUUACAACCUCGCAAGAAGCCCGGCGUGCUUUCGCGAUGAGCAAGUACAAAACCUUGUUGAAACUGUUCGUCGUCGUGCCCCGGCUCGCGAGACUUCGAGGGUAACGUUUACCGCGUCCGGUCGUUCACAGCACGGCCGACGUUGUAACCGAGAGAAGUGUGCAGCUCCUUGGCUCCAUCUCGUCUCGGUCUCUUCUCGUUUUGUCGGACAUGCAAGACGCAUGUCGUCACCCGACGGAGGGCUCCGACGAUCGGAUCGUGGAAACGUGUCGGCCAAAAGAUCUCGGUGUACAGUAAACAAAAAAUCGUUGUUUUUUUCUUUUUUCUGAUGUUUUUUCCUCCUCUUACCCCUCUCCCACCCCCUUUUCCUCUUCCCCGCCCCCAGUCUUUCUACUAUAUUAUAAAUAUAUUUCUAUCAUUCUGACCGUUUUUUAGCGAAUUGUGAGAAUGCGAGAGAGAGAGAGAGAGAGAGAGAGAGAGAGAGAGAGUGUGUGUGUGUGUGUGUGUCGAGUUGUGUAAAUAAUUAUGUCGUAACAGGCAAGUGUGACGUCGCUUUGCUGAAGAUCCCUGGGCCCCGAAAGGGACCCAACGAGGAUGUUACUCGUAUAUCGGCGGAAAACCCUGUAACCCCUAACUUUUUCUAACAAACGUGUGCGAGUUGCGGCUAUAUGCACGGCCCGACGCGAAAACGUCCAAUCGCGCACUCGGGAUCGUUCUUUUUCUUUCCGUCUCUUUUUUCAUACGUACAUAUCGUGGCAAUUGCAAAUUUCAUUCGUGUUCCCGCGGUCGGUUAACGUGCGAUCGCGGGACCAGUAUUGAGCGUUUCUUUCUGGACAACCGGUGAACAUAACGCGCGCAACGGGCAAGGAAGACGCGCUCGGUUUUCGUAGCUUUCUUAAUAACUCAUGGUAUUAAUAGUUAUACUCGAAACACGUCGGGAGAUGCGCGCGCAUGAUUGUCACGCCGGAGACGGACGGCCCUUUUUGGUUUCGCCUUUGGCUUCUCACAUGUGUACCUUCUUCACUCCGCGCGAUACGUAUAGAUUAAAAGGAAGAAAAAUUAAACUGGACAUCUCCCCGGGCGAAAUUAUCCCUGCCGACAGGUGUUCGUCCGACAGGCUCGAGUUUCAUUGGUUUCCGUAGAGAGCCGCGCUCCUGACCCGCUCCUAUUAAUUAUGUCACGACGACGGAGAAGGUCAGUGCCAUAACACACGUAUAGACGUAUCCCCCGACGCUUGAACACAGUUCCAGUUAUAUAUAGCGAUUGAGACCGAUGUAACUUCGAUGAGUUCCUGAAGCCUACGUGCUUCAUCUGGAAGCAUGGAAGGCGAUUCACGGCCCAGAGGGUGCGCCCAUCUCUUCCCGCCCCCCCCUCCUCUCUCGUCACCUUUCGAUUCGCUGCGUGCGAGAAUUGAGCUCGUCGAGGUUCCAUCGGUUUUCUCAGUCCCUCACUGUAUAGCGAUCGUCAAAAUCCGGAAACACGCUUGAAACACGCAUCUAAUCGCUGUCGGAGUAACACCCAAUCCCACGUUUUUCCCUCGGCUUCGAGUCAAGUGCACACUGUAGCUAUUGUUUGUAAAAUAAUAUACGAUACACGAUCGACUUGCGCACCGUCCCUGAACUUUAUGUGAUUGUAAAGGAAAAAAA